AUGCAGAUUUUCGUCAAGACCCUCACGGGUAAGACCAUCACCCUAGAGGUGGAGUCUUCCGACACAAUCGACAACGUCAAGACCAAGAUUCAAGACAAGGAGGGUAUCCCCCCCGACCAGCAACGUCUCAUCUUCGCCGGCAAGCAGCUCGAAGACGGCCGCACCCUUUCGGAUUAUAACAUCCAAAAGGAGUCCACCCUCCACCUCGUCCUCCGUCUGCGCGGUGGUGCCAAGAAGAGAAAGAAGAAGGUCUACACCACCCCCAAGAAGAUCAAGCACAAGCGCAAGAAGACCAAGCUGGCUGUGCUCAAGUACUACAAAGUCGAUGCCGAUGGCAAGAUUGAGCGCUUGAGACGCGAGUGUCCUGCUCCUGAGUGCGGUGCUGGUGUUUUCAUGGCUGCCAUGCACAACCGUCAAUACUGUGGCAAGUGCCAUCUCACCUACGUCUUUGAUGAGAAAUAG